AUGGACAGGCCGGCCUCUGAUUACGCGCAGCCAGAACAGACUGCUGCUGCUGCGUCCGGUCAGUAUACUUCGCAGCCCGAAGCCCGCCCGGCUACCCAAUACACUGCAUCAACGGACAGCCGACCAUCCAACAUUUCGUCCUCCAAUACUCCCCAGCCGAACUACGGUCUGAACCCGGCGGUGCCCACGCCUACCCAACCCCAACAACCGCAGACUCAACCUCAACCCCCUCCGCCGUCCGCUGCUCGUCCCCCUCCCGGACCCUAUCCCGAAUACUUGACCCGUCAGCCACAGUACCAUCACGUGCCUCACACGCAGCCCGGCGGCGCGGCAGGUAUGGCUCAAGCAACAAGUCCGUCUAUGCCCCUACAAGAUGGACAACAGAGUGACCAUCGCGCUCCAUCGAGUAAUAAAUCUGACACCGCCGUUCCUAUAGAUCCCUCAAUUGCGGCAUCGAGCCCCACGUAUCCUCCUCCGUACUCCCCAUAUAACCCCCAGGGCCACGAAAUGGCUCAAUAUCAGGGUCAUCCCCCUCCACAGAUGUAUGGCCGCCCAGAUUGGCCUCCACAUCAGUAUGGGCAGCCUCCACAUGGCUUGCCAGGGCCAUAUAGCUCCCCUGGAACAACGGUGGGUUCUGCGUCUCCAGCUGCGACCGCAGGCCCUCGUCCAGGACAGACUCAUUCUCUUUCCCAGGUAUACUCCUUCGUUCCCAUCCCCGGUGCCCAGCAGCACAAGCGCCCCCGCCGCCGAUAUGAAGAAAUCGAACGAAUGUACAAAUGCGGCUGGAACGGAUGCGAAAAAGCAUAUGGCACGUUGAACCACCUUAAUGCACAUGUCACAAUGCAAUCGCAUGGCGCGAAAAGAACGCCAGAAGAAUUCAAAGAAAUCCGCAAGGAGUGGAAGGCCCGCAAGAAGGAGGAAGAGAACCAACGCAAGGCUGCUGAGGAACGAGAACGUGCUGCCGCCCAGGCAAGCCAGCAGGUCGAUGGCAACGCACCUACCGACCCUUCGCAAGCGGCGCAACCAGCAUCGUAUCCUACCAGUGUUCGUCCUCAGCUACCGCCUAUUGGAUAUCAGUCUGCGGACGGUCAGGUUCCUACCCAGUACGGUGCUUCAACUGGAGCUGGCCUCGUAUAUCCCCCAAGCAAUGGCCAGAUGGCGGCACCAUAUCCUCCGGCCAACUAUCCUCAUUCCCCAUAUGGCCAGGGAAACCAGGUAUACCAACCGCGUGAGUGA